GAUUCAAAGAAGAACUCGCAGGCGAACUCGUAAAUCGGUUCGCGAUUUCUCCAUCCGCCGCCGCCGCCGCGACGGGGACCUCAUCGGAGGAGAAGGAAGCGGCGGAUUCGACCGGCUCCGGCAACCCCAGAAAAAUGGUGGCGAUCUCCCUGUACAGAGGGAACCUCCACCGGGUGCCCGACGUCCCUCGCCGAUGGCUCAUGCCCGAUCGCAACCUCUCCCCCAAGGACUUCAAGUCCCUCCUCCACCGCCGCUCUCGCGCCCUCUCUCGCGCCCCCUCCGCGUCGAUCCCUCCGGCGGUUCCCGACCUCGGUUCCGGUCCGGGCCUCCUCGACGACGGUCGGCCCCCGCUGGAGCCCGAGGCGGAGAAAGGAGCUCCUGACCUUGGUUCUGGUCCGGGCCUCCCCAGCGACGGCCGGCCUCCGCUCGAGCUCAAGGCGGAGAAAGGGAGCGUCGAGGUUCGCGGCGAAGGGACCUCGCAGGGCGGCGUCGCCUUGAAGGAAGAGGUUGAUGACCAUAGAGAAGCCGUCGACGGUGCGAAUCGUUCGCCGGAAGCGAAGCCUGAUUGGGCGGGCAAGUCCGUCGAUGGCGGUGGAGGUGUCCAAGUCUUGCCUGCCGAGAAGGUGGAGGAGCCGGUAAAGGAUGCGGUGCAGGCUGUGGAUAAAGUCGAUCCACCAACCGACAAAGAGAAAAGGAAGAAGGCUGUUGAGGAGAAGUUGGAACUUUUGAAUGCCAAGAAACAUAGUUUAGUGCAAGUUCUGAAGCAGAUCCUGAAUGCAGAAGAGGAAUUGAAGAGGAGGAGCAUGCAAGGAAUGGCUGUUCGGCCAUCUGUUCCACUUCAUGUGGAUGUUAUGAAUGACUCUGGCUCAAUGACCAGGCUUAAUACCCCUAGAAUGGGCUCCGAGGCCCACCUUGGCGGUGAUGCGGAAGGGGGAGAAGCAGAUGAUGCCUCAAAUCAUAUCAUGCCUUCUCGGCCUAUGCAUCGCAUGAGCAGCGUGUCACCAUCUUCGGAGUCCCCUCUUAGAAGGACUGCCUUGUCGCAGUACAAUUUGGUUCCACAUCCCUCCCGAUCAAGCUUAGCCGUCAGUGGUAGUCCAUCCCGCUUUGCUCUCCCCGCUCCCCAAGCUAAUCUAGCAAAUCUUCCUGCAGUUUCUGUCUCAGGAACAAAUUAUGUUGCAUCCUCACCAUCUCCAGCAGCAUCUGGUGGCACUUCGGUUUUCAAGGAUGCUCGACUACCUAGUCCGUGGAAUUAGAAAUUACAAGCUUCACUAGAUGCAUUGAGCUUUAUUUACUGUUCUUUCCAUUCAUUGUGUAAAUUUGUAAUUGGCUAUAUCCACCAAGGACCUGAGCCGAUUUCAUAGUGUUAGUUUAGGGGAUUCCUCCAAAUUAGUGGCGGGAUGAUAGUCCGUAGUUUUCUUGAUUUGGAUACUUGAUUGGACCUUACUGACUUGUUGCUGUCCUGAUUGAGCCAGUGUUGUAAGAUGAUCAGAUGCAGUGAAAUGCUAAAGAGCUUUAAUUUCUAGAAACUUAA